UUCGCCGCUCAAUCUUCUUAUCUCAUCUUCAAUCUUUUCUCCAUUUACCGAAAAGCAAAACCCACCACAAAAAUCCUUAAGCCAAACUCCAUACACAAUGGCCAAAAAGAAGAUGACCCCGCAAGAUAAUCAACCCCAAAACCCCACUGAAGUGGUUAAGGAAAAUCAGGUGAAAGAAAACAAUCAUUCCAUUGCCAUGGAAGAAGCUUCUGAGAAACUUGAGAAUCUCAAGAACCUCAACAAUAUGCUUCUCAAGGAGACUAUUGAGAAACGGCAACAGGUGGAUUCACUAGUGCAGGCAAAAGGGUCUCUGGAAUCGGAACUCAAAAGGUCUAACUCGGAGAAAAGCGAGUUGCAGACCGAGUUGACUCAGUUGAGUGAACAGGUUAUUCAGUUGGAGAUUGAGAAGAAAUUGGUGUCUGUGUUUGUUGCUGUGCAGGUUGGUUACCAUGCUGAGGUGAUUGAGAAUGAGAGGAAUGGGUUUCGUGAACAGAAUGACGUGGUGGAGAAGAAGCUGAAGAGUGUAGAGAUAGAAAUGCGCGAUGUUUUGAGAGAGAAGGGUGAGAUUGAGAAGCUGUUGACUGGAAAGGAGAGUGAGAUUGAAAGCCUUAGGAAGAAAUUGAAUGCUGUUGCUGAUGAGGUUGCCCAAGAGAGGAAUGUUUCGGAGGGGAUUCGUAAGGAGAAGGAUGAAAUGAAAAUUAAACUUGACACCCAAAUAGAGGAAGCAGAUGGAUUGAGAGUGAGAUUGGUUGAAACUGAGAAGCGAGAGAAGGAGAUUGAAGGAGAAGUUGGGAAAUUAAGGGUUGAAUACAAUGCUCUCACGGAGAAAAUCAAGGACAGAGAAAGCAAGAUCCAAUCCAUGGUGAGAGAGAAGGAAUUGGUUGCAAAUAGCUUGUUGAGUUCGAAUAAAGUGAUUGAAGAACUAAGGGGGCAGAUUGACGGGAUUGUUAGGGAAAAAGAAGGGAUUGAAGUGGAGAGAAAUGCAGAAGUGAAAAAGAAUGGUGAGUUGCAAAACACAGUCGCUGGUCUUAACGAUAUGGUGCUGAGUUUGCAAAAGGAGGAGGCUAAAUUGCGUGAAAAUUUGGCUGGGUUAGAGAAGAAGUGUUUGGAAGGCUUAAGAAAGGAAGAGGAGAUGGAGAAGAGGAUAAAUGAACUUGUGACGGGAAACAAUGAGAAAGAGAUCAGAGUUGAGAACUUGAUUGAAGAAAAGGCCUUUGUUGAGAAGGAACUAGACAAGGCAUUGAAGCAAUUAGAUGUAGAGAAGAAGAAGAUUGAGCAAACGGUUACAGAGAAGAAUGAGAUGGAAGAGGCUAAAGUUGGAAGGGAGACUGAAAUUGUUGAACUGCAGAAACAAUUAGCUGAAUUCAAGAAUUCUAUUUCUGAAUUAGAGGUGUCUUGCAAUGGUCAAAAAGAGAAGGUGAAGAAUUUGGAAUCUGAAGUUGGUAAGUAUAAGGCUACCUUCGAGCGAGUUACCCUUGAGAAGGAUGAGAUGCAAAAGCAUUUUGUCCACGAGGAACAGAAUGGUAUAAACAUGAAGAAACAGAUUGAAGAAAUGGAGAAUCACAUUCAAAAAAUUGUGAAGGAGGUUGAGCAAACCAAGGCUGAUUACCUCAAUGUUGUUAGAGAAAAGAAAGAGUUGGAAACUCAAUGUCAAGUGUUGAACAAGGAAAUUGCUUUUGCGCAAACCUCACUUGCCGAAGCACAGAAGAAAAUUAGUGAUAUGCAGUGCAAGGUUGAGUUGGCAAAUAGCAAUUCUGAGGAAAUCUUGAAUGCUUUGAGGACUGCUGCAGAUUCAAUCCGCUCGGAUGGUGAAGGAGAAAGUGGCAGUGUGGUUGGUGAAAAACAAAUGAAUGGGGAAGAUGUCAAGCCUUAUGAAGCAGAGUUGGAGGCCAUCACAAAUGCAAUCAAGAGUAAAGAGAACAAAGUUGAGGAGAUGCAGAGGCAGGUUGAGUUUUUGCAGUUUUCAGUAGCUCAAGCACAAAAAAAGAAGAAUUUCUGGACCAUGUUAUCUUCAGCAACAACACUUUUUGCUGCAAUUUCUCUUGCCUAUGUUGCUCGUGGCCAUUGAGUAAGGGAGUCCUUAGUAUUAUCCAAACUGGUAAUGACAAGUCCGAAGAAAUGACUUGAGUUUUGUUCCCAUAGUUUACCUUUAAGAAGGCACAUGAUGCUGCUGGUAUCAUGGCCUAGGCUUGACAAUCUGACUGUUGUUAGCUUGUUUCAACAUCAUAUGUAACCAUCUAUGACCCUUUUUUUCAUCAUUCCGUAUGAAAUAAUAUCAAGUCCCUUUAGUUUCCAGAA